CAGACUGUGCUGAUUGGCAGAAUAAGCGCCAGGUUUCACUAGGAAUUAGUCUUUGUGACAGAACUGACAGUCGCUUGGCUAUAGUAAAUGAAAGGAUGAAUGUGUUACAGUAUGGUGGAUCAGCACUGCUGCUGAUUUGGACGCUUUUCUUUGUGUCGGUCUCUUCGGAUCGCUACACUCCUGACUGGAAGAGCCUGGACGCCAGACCUCUGCCCCCAUGGUACGACGAGGCCAAGUUCGGCUUGUUUGUGCACUGGGGGGUGUUUUCUGUGCCAGCUUUCGGAAGUGAAUGGUUCUGGUGGAACUGGAAGGGUGCGAUGAGUCCCGAUUAUAUACUGUUCAUGGCUAAAAACUACCCCCCUGGAUUCACCUACCCUGAGUUCGCCCCCAUGUUUAAUGCCCAGUUCUUCGAACCCGACCAGUGGGCAGAGCUGUUCGAGGCUUCUGGUGCCAAGUAUGUUGUAUUCACCACCAAACACCAUGAGGGUUUCACUAAUUGGAAAUCCCCAACAUCAUGGAACUGGAAUUCAGUUGACACCGGACCUCACAGAGACCUCGUUGGGGACUUGGGAGCUGCCAUUCGGAAAAGGUCAUUGCACUAUGGACUGUACCACUCUCUGCUUGAGUGGUUUAAUCCUCUCUACCAGCAAGACCAACAGUCAGGCUUCAAGACCCAAGACUUUGUUUAUUACAAAACCAUGCCAGAACUAUAUGAUCUGGUCACAAGGUACAAGCCAGAACUGAUAUGGUCCGAUGGGGACUGGGGAGCCCCUGACACUUACUGGAACUCUACAGAAUUUUUAGCUUGGCUUUACAAUGACAGUCCAGUAAAGGAUGUAAUCGUGGUAAAUGACAGAUGGGGAGAUGGAACCUACUGUAAACAUGGCGGCUACUACAACUGUGCUGACAAGUUCACUCCAUCUACAUUGCCCGACCACAAAUGGGAAAAAUGUAAUUCAAUAGACACUCACUCCUGGGGUUACCGUCGAAACAUGAGGCUCAGUGACAUGAUGGAUUUACCCUCCAUUAUUAAGGACCUUGUCUUCACUGUGGCUUAUGGAGGAAACUAUCUACUAAAUGUCGGGCCUACAUCAGAUGGCAUGAUCCCAACCACGUUUGAGGAACGUCUCAGAGACAUUGGUGCCUGGUUGAAGGUUAAUGGUGAGGCCAUCUAUGCUACCAAACCAUGGAGGGUCCAGGCAGAAAAUGCCACUGUGCCAGUCUGGUACACUUCUAAAGGAUCUACUGUGUAUGCCAUCUUUCUCACCAAUCCACAACAGUCGUCUUUCCAGCUUUUCACACCCUUAACCUCAGAGAAAACAGUGGUCACUUUGUUGGGGAGUCCAAAUCCUAUAAAGUGGGCUCCCAUGCAUACAUCUGGACUGACUAUGUUGCUGCCAGAGCUGCCUUGCACUCCUGCUGGGGCCUGGACCAUCAAACUGGAUGGACUGGCCUAAACUGCUAAUGUGAAAUUUUUUUUCUUGUUUUUUUAUACAAGGUUUGUAAUUUUUGGUUGGGUUUUUGUAAUUUUAGACAUGCAGGAAAAGUGCCUUAAUUUUUUUAUUAAACAUUUUAAUUAAAUGUUUUCCCAGGAAUUUUUUAAUGUCAAUUUACCAGAUAAAUGUAAAUAUAAAUGAGUCAGUAGUAGAUUUGUUUGCUUCAUGAUCAUGCACUAAAAUUCUUACCCAGCUCUCUGCAAAACAUUGUGUAUGUAACCUUCUGCAUCCUACAGUCAUGCUAAUCUGUGUCAUCCAACUUCACUUACAUUCACAGCAUGACACAACAGUAAAAAUACCUAUAAACAGGAGUCCUAGAGAAAAUAAGUGAUGUUGCUCUCAGUUAUGAAAGAUGAUAUUUUUAUCCAUCUUGCUUAAAGCAAAAAUAGGCUAAACAAUAGGUUAUCUAGAGUAGUGGUCGCAGACUGGUACCGGUCCGUGGGUCAUUUAUUACUGGGCUGCACAGAAAGAAUAAAUAAUUAGAGAUCGCUACAACAGCAAUUAAAUUUCCAAUACUCUUCAGGUGUUAUUGUCCCCAAUCACCACUAGGUGGGAGCAGUGUCUCAUUGCAGUGAAAAAAGCUCAGGAUUCACACUGAUUUUCCAUUCUAUAGCUAUUCUAUUUUAAAUCCCCCCGCCCCCGCCGGUCCGUGAAAUUAUAUCUUAUAUGAAACCGGUCCGUGGUGCAAACAAGGUUGGGGAUUGCUGAUCUAUAAGGUUAUGUAUACAGUAUAUGGCCACUAGUAGCCUCCUUCAGGCACAACAUGUGCAGCAGUUUGAAAAGAGAUGGUGGCUGGCUUUAUGUUGCUGUAAAAUCUAUCAAAUCUGAGCCAAUGCCAGUUCAGCAAUUCUGGCCAACAUCAAAUCACUAUUGAAAAUCCUUAGUGGAUUGGUGCAUCCCUUGUUCUGCCAUAUUUUUUAUUUCAACUGUACAUAUGUAUUUUUUUUCUUUUUACACCGGCUGUCUUUCCUGAUGCAAUCCUCCUCUUUUUAUCCAUUCUUGGGACCCUCACUAAAAGCGCACUGACAAGUGUGUCCGUACAGAUGCUCGACCGGCUAAUAGCACUGCUGAGAACAUCAGAUCUCCGCAACUUGGUUGUAGUGGGCUGGCAUACUUUACCGCUAUGCCACCUGAUCACCCUUUUUUGUUUUGUUUUACUAUUUAUGUUGUUUUUUUGUACUUUGCAUCUGUGAAGUAACCUUGAUCAGCCACCUGCCCCCCAUGUUCACUACUUAGAUAUAUUUAGUAUUGCUCCCGCCAUAAUUUUUUUUAAUAAUUAAAAGAACCAAUAUUUUGAUUUUAGCCAUCAAUCUAAUGGUCAGUCUGGGUGAAUAUUUGCACUAUGUAAUAGCUCAAUAAUAAAUCAAUGUAUCCCCACAUCUAAUGUAUGGAAUUAUUAUUUUUCUAAAUGUUUGUUCUGUGUAUUACAAAUCAAACGUUUUAGAUAAAUAUAUUUUUCUGUGAUAAUUGUCAAACCUUUUUCUUCCAAUAGAAAAAUCUGGAUGAUUUGCAGCAAUAAACAUACUUUUUCAUUAUA